AUGGCCUUCCAGAUUUUAAAGAAGAAAGUAAAAGAGGAGGGGCCAUUUUCCAAACAAAUGUGGUCAGAAUACCAAUGGACAUCUGAAGGGAAUUUGCUGCAGCCAUCUGAUGUACAGGUCACCACAGCCCCCAAAACUGGCUGGAAUAUUGAAGGCAAACCAGAGCGGCUGCGUAUUUAUCAGCAGCUCCUCAAUGUCAAGUCUUUGGGGGAAAACUUGCAUCAGAAAUAUAGCCAGUUCUUCUGGGGUCUUCCUUCUUUGCACAGUGAGUCCUUAGUAGGCACCCUCCUGUUUUCUAGUAGUACUUCCCCACUAGAGUCUCACUUUGUCUUUUUCAAUGGAAUUCAUAAUACCUCUGCAGUCAAAAUGCAGGAUCUCGUAUCUCCACCACUUUCUCAUUCCCAUCCCCUGCCUCUCCCCAGUGUACAUCUCCAACCCUUGCCUCAAACCCUGUCCCAAUCCCAGCCCCUAACUUUCACUCAGGUGAACACCCAGGCCCAUUUUCAAUCCCGCCUCCGAAUCAUACCAUCUUCUUCUUCAUCCCAGGUUAGGGACCGUGGAGUGUCUUUCCAUAGAUCCAAGAAUGAGUCAGACUCUCAUAUCUUGACUGAACAUCAACACCUGGAAUGGCACGUGUUGCAGAAGCAACAGGAAAGCUUGUGGGGUUUAGUCCCUGUGUUCCAGAAAUCUCAAGAAACCAUUUGUCCUCGAGCUCCCAACCUUCCAUUGGUUAGCCGGUCAUCCCAUGCCCAUGUACCAGUCCCCAUCCCUCCCGGCCAUUUUCAUAUCACCUGUGAACCCCAGGAGACAUUGCAGUUACAUAGUCCAAGGAAGGUAAUCCCACGCUGGUGCCUCCAUGACUGUAGAAACCUAGAGUCCCUAGCACUGAUGGAGCCUCAGUGUAAAUUAACAGAAAUCUCUCAGCAAAAAGGCAGACAUGUUCACUCACAAUUCAAUGAGCUUCAGGGCUAUAGUAGCAAGGAUCUAGCAAAGACUGAACUGAAUCUCCCAGGAAGAUUCCAUGAGAGGGUCCCAACAAAGUUCCAGCUAAGGAAGGGUAUGAGGAGGAAUCUUGGGUAUAUCCUAGAGAAGAGCCCACAAAGGGUCUCAGAAUGCUACCUAGUGAAGGGCCGCAGGGCUGCCUUGGAGACAACAAGUAGCUGUGUGUGUCAUUCAAGGAAUCACUCAGGGAAUGAAUUAUUAAAUGUCUCAAGGAAGGAGACAGACCGGAAUCAAAUCAAAAGCACUCUUAGAUUACAUAUGAGCAAGAAGUUUUGGCAGAUCACAGCAGGUAGGAUUCCUAUAGGUGUGUGUUAUUCAUGGCUGGCUGAUGACAAUACCUUGUCUUUCUCUGGGAGUUCCCAGACUACCUCAAAAAACACAAAUUCAAAAAAGACUAUGGUGGGUAGGGUUUACUGCCAGGUCCCCACUCUAGAACUUUCUUUUCUUGAUCCCAAAACACGACAGGUGCUAGAGGCACAUAUUAUAAGAUUUCGCAUGAGUCAGAGGUGGGGUCUACCCCUCAGGGUUCUUGAAUCCAUAAAAUUCUAUAUGUUGAGAGAAGCCAAAACAUGGCCUCUUCCCCAAGUUGACUUUCCCUCCUCAGCCAUGCAUAUUUCUGGGGUGGAUUCCAAAGCUGAGUUUUUUAAACCCCUUGAGGGAAGCUCCAAAACUUUUUUGGGAAACAGGGUGAGAACAGCAAAUUCAGUCCCCACCCUGGAUCAUCCUCUCCCUACUAUGUUAUCUGUGGGCAAUGAAGGACAGGGGGUCUUGAAGUCAUCACACUCUCACACUGAACACAAGCCUGCAGAGUGUAUCCAGAUAGCUGAGUGCGGCAGCCAGACUUUUCAGCCCCUUAAACACAGCAUCGGAGCUCACGUCAGACCCAGUGAGACUGUAACAAAAAACACAUGUGGCCCAGAGGUGCCCACAAGGCAAGCUGCGGCUGGACAUGAGCCAAGGCAUGAGAAUGUGGGUUCCAGCAACAGAGUAGAAAUGGUACAGGGCAAAGUGAUGGUGGAGAAGAAUUUAGAACAUUCUGCCAUGUCCAACCUGUCCACGGAUAUAUUCGACACCGAGGAGCUCUGUACUCUUCAAUCCCAAUCUUGUGACACCUUGACAACCAGUGAGUUGGGAAGCUCCAAAAUGAUAAAUGUCAGUAUGAGUAAGGUAGAAACUGCCCUGACCACUGAACAUCGCUCACCAAAAAUACUGGUUCCCCAAGAUUCUAAGCUAUCAGAGCUGAAAAGACAGCUUCUGAGUGUUCAAAGAUGUCCCACUGACAUGCCCCUUACUUCAGAUAGCUUGACUUCCAAGGCUUCCCUGACUCCGUCCCAGAGUGUCUGCAGUGGGGACAUGGAAGCGUCCCAGGUGCUGCAUGUUCAAUUGGAGGACAGCAGAAUUAGCACGGGGCAGCAGCAGGAGUCCUGGGACUCUGAGCUGGCCUUCUGUAAGUGCCGGACUAAGAAUUUCCCACAGAGAAAAAGUGAAAGGAAAGUGAGACCUCAGGAUUCCAAAGCAAGAAAAUGUAGAAGUGAGGACUCAGGAGUAGGGACAUCUGUAGGCAGAAAGGAGAGCUACCGUGUUGAGGACAGAAAAUUAGAGAGGGCUUCCCCAUCUCUGUCACAGAAUGAACAGUUUCCUCCUGAAAGUUACUUCAGAAAAAAGAUGAGGCACUUUUUUCAGUGGAUCAAUUCCAAGAAAAAAAUCACAGGGCAGCAGGAAAGUCCCCAGCAAAAAGCCAAGUUCAUGUCAACCUUAGUGCAGCACCAAGACCCAGUUCAGAGUGUGACUACUUUUGUGAGUGAUGGGCCUCCUGAAGCUCACAAGCUCAUGACUACCACUGGGAAGGUCCUAGAAGAGAAGCUGGCAUGUAGGUAUGGAUCUGAGGCCUCAGCAUUAAGCCAGCAGCAGGAGGAACUACAGGCCCAGGUAGGGCCUGACAAGAGAUAUUCCUCCAACUGUUGGGCUCUCUCUGACCCACAACAAAAGAAACGGGCAAGUAUCAAGUCCUGCAGCCAUGAAGCCGUCUGUGCUGGCCAGAACCGUCUUAGACGUGUCAGACAGAACAGACACAGGGUCAGACAUCCCCGAAAAGUUGUGGCCUUCAAGGACCAGCUUGAACAUCAGAGAGAAUUGGUCACCCAGUUGAUGGAAAAGCCAGUACUCGGGAUCUUCCAGCAUGUGGUGCCUAAGGCGAUCAGAGUCCUUGAGGCAGCCAUCAGAAGGACUAACACAGAACUGUGCCCCAAUCGGUGGUUGCAGUGA